UUGCGUUAUCUAUUACACGUUUUCUUGAGUUUCAGAACCUACAAUUCUACAUUCGAGUUACUUUACGGAGGUUAACCAGGCACAGGACUACCCGCUAAUAACACAGCUUGGCGCUGUCCACCGUCACAACAUCCUUCAACGCUUCACACGAUCCCUUCCUAUAUACCCGUGAGCUGACAAGGGAGUUGUCGAGAAACCCGACGAACUGAAUUAGCACACAACCACUCAAUGGGUUUCGAGUGUUUCUUGAACCCACCACGUACAGCAUGAAACCAGUGGGACCUCUGUAAGAAGCCUUGACGCUUUCAACUCGAUUCAUUUGACGUUGUAAAUGACAAUACAGAGACAAAAGUAGGAUUUUCUUUUUACCUCUUUCCGUGACAAAGACGGCCCCCACAACGCCCCCCAGAAGGUUCGGAGGAGCAAGACGAUGAUGAAGGUGCAAUGAGUGAGGUCGAAUCUGAGAAUGGAUCAUCAAUAAUCCAGCUGGGAGAUUAAUCGACGAGACUCAGGAGGAAUAUUUUUCACGACCACGCCGAUUCCAAACAAAAUGGCAGUGCAUCUGACACAGCUUCGGACACGCUCAUUUAUCACCCUGGACCGCAGUGCCUUUUUGUGUAUGAAGUACCAGUGAGGACACUGAGUUUUUCGAACUUUUGGGAUAUUUUGAUUACCAUGGCGGUGCAUCAUAUUCUUCGAGGCAUCUUCAAGCGUGAAACUGUUCAAUCUCUUCGUCAUUUUGUGAUUGCUGUGGGGCCUCAUUAAUUGGCGUUAAUGAUUUCAUGAUGUUGUAGGCCUUCUUGUUUUUGCUGCUAUGAUGUCGUUCGCUGUCGUUUCUUUGUUGGUAGUUGAUGAGGGGGUUCAGCGGUCCCAAAAGGUUUUCAUUUUAAUAUUUUAUGUUGAUGUUGAUGAUUUAGCGAUGAUUUGAGGGGUAUAUGUGUGAAGGAGUUGGGCAGGAGUUUCACAAUGCGUGAUUCGGUGGGAGUUUGGAACAAUGUGGGGAUGGAGCUCAGGCAUGUUGGUUGGGUCGGAUUAGACAUUUUGAUUGCCGCUGUGGAGGUGAGAAUUUUUGCGUUUGGUUAGUUUUGUGUCAUGGCGAUGUGUGGAGGGCCGAGAGGGAGGAAAAGAGGGGGAGGGCCUAUCCCAGGGAAGGGCGUGUUGUUGCUGGAGCUUAAGAGUCGCAUUUUGGCGACGAUAAAUAAGCUAUCAGAUCGAGAUACGCAGCAGCUGGCGGUGGAGGAGCUAGAGCGCAUUGCCCAGAAUUUGACUUUGGAUGGAAUUUCGCUCUUUCUGGCCUGCUUACACGACACUGAUGCGCAGCAGAAGAGCUUGGUGAGACGGAACUGCAUCAGGCUGGUUGGGACGCUUGCCAGCCUCCAUGGAGACUUAAUGGCCUGCCACCUGCCGAAGAUGGUGGGAAAUAUUGUGAAGAGGUUGAAGGAUCCAGAUUCCAAUAUUCGUGAUGCCUGCGUUGAUACCAUCGGAAUUUUGGCUUCACAAAUUGGAGGAAGUGAUGGUGGCUUUACCAUUAAUGUAUUCAUGAAACCUUUGUUGGAGGCUUUGGCGGAGCAGCACAAGACCUUGCAGACUGGAGCUUCCAUGUGUCUGGCGCGCGUCAUUGAAAAUACCAGGGAUCAGGACCUUCACACUCUGCAUCGUCUUAGUCCUCGAAUUUUGAAAAUGCUUGGUAGCCCUAACUUUCUGGCCAAGGCGCCUCUUCUCAACGCUGUGGGAGCCAUCUUCCAGGUUCCUGGAGUGGUUUCCAUAUCUCAACUACCCCUGUUGCUUGGCUCCGUCCAAGACGAACUUGAUAGUAGUGAGUGGAUGGUGCGGAAAGCAGCAGCUGAUGCACUCUCUAGCAUGGCCACGGCAGCGGGAGGCUCAUUGGGAUCCUACAGGGGAAGUGUGCUCGCUGCUUUAGAGAAUAGCCGGUUUGAUAAGGUCAAGCCUGUUCGAGACAGUGUUAUUGAAGCAUUGCAGCUUUGGAAAUCUGUCAAUGACCCAAAUAAACUACCAAGUAACACACCAGCUGGAAGCCAUGAUUCAGCCUCUUCAACGAGUAUUUUCGAAGGAGGUGCUACACCUCCUAAUUCAGAUCGCAAAAACAGUUUACGGGGCUCAGUAAAUUCUUCAUCAUCUGAUAUAAUCGGAAGACCUAGAUCCGUCUGCGACAAACGAGCAGUUGCUGUGAAGAAAAGAACGCCACUUUUAGGCGAUAAGAAACCCAAUCCUGUUUUUUCGCGGAAGUUGGAUAAUGCGAAAGAUUCGAUCGACUCAAAUCAUGUUGCUUUUCCACGUGACUUACCUCAGGUAGUGAGUCCAAGAGGUGGAGCUGCAAGCAAUGAGCAGCUCGUUUAUUACGAUAAUUGCGCGGAGACUGCACCUACUAGUGCAUAUGGUGCAGAUGGUUGGUUCACCCCUGAGGAGGGUAAUGGUGUGGAUCAAAAUUUUGACCAGGAAGAAGGCAGGGAACUCAAUCCGCUAACAGAAAAUGGUAACUGUUACGAACAUCCCAAUCCAUCAGUACAUCAGGAUAGAUCGGAGACAGAGAAUCAUGAGAGAUGGAGAAAUCCACUUGCGAAUGGGAAUCAGAUUUGUGAGGAUGAAUCAACUUGUAUCGUCUCUUCAACGAAUGAUGGUUACAAGGCUACCGCCGACACGGGAGCCACUCAGCGCCACUCUCAUAGCUUGGAACAUCAACAUCUGUCUAUGAUGAAAAUGCUGCAGGACUCGAUGGCACGUAUACAUGAUAGUAUACAUGAUUUAGAAGGACGAGUAGCUAGGCUGGAGCAGAUCGUGGAGGAUUUAGCUCAAAGUUCCGUCACUACAGAUGGGAGGUCUCAGGUUGCUGAAUCACCCAGAUUUCAAGGUAGUCAUCAACUCGGCAAAUACCUCCUUGGUAAUGGGUUCUUGAACUCCAAGGGUGGAAAGGGGAACGAGGAUACUCUAGUGCCUGUAUGUUCGCGGAGUCGAGUUUCCUCAGAGAAGAUGGCUGAGUCUCGGUAUGGACGUUCAAAAGAGUUUUCUGUGCACUGUGGUCAUCAAACCCCAUCAGUGGCAGAAAUUUUGAGUCGGCCCAAUGUCCUGGGAUUAAGUUCAUUGCAUAGAGGCAACAGAGCCGAUGGAGAGAGCAAGGAGGGAAAUAGGAGGGUAGGCGUCCUCCCACAAGGAGAAGGUCCAUCUGCCCGAAGUGUUUGGCAUGCAUCCAAAGAUGAAGCUAUAGCGGCCAUUCGUGGUGCUUCUGCACCAAGCAAACCGCAUGGAAAGCAUGCCGGUUGGGAUUCUAGCGCUGAUCAGAAGCCGAUUAGGAUGGCGUCUGGACCGUUUUGGAUGUUGUGGAGCCAAGCUAUGGAGAGUGUUCGGUCAGGCGACCUGGAUGUGGCUUACAUAGAGAUUCUUGGCUGCAGUGAUGAGCUGUUAUUGGUACGCUUGAUGAGCCGAACUGGCCCAGUCUUGCAUCAACUCAAUGCUGGUACCGUCUCACAGCUUCUGGGUUAUAUCAAACGAUUUCUUCAACAGCAGAGCUUUAUGGAUUGCAUUAUUCCCUGGCUUCAGCAGGUAUCGGACUUGGUCUCAACUAAUGGUCCCGACACGCUUGGGCUUACUGGGGACGCGAAGAAGGACCUUGUUUUUACCAUGCAGGAGGCCUCUAGUAUGGAAUAUGCACAGAGCUGGAUGGGGACCAAAAUUGCUGAACUUGCUGAGACUGUGGGGAAUGUCUUGUCAUCAAGUGGAAGCAAUAGCACUGUGGAUAGCUGAUGUAAAUUACAACCUACAGUUCAGGUGGCUGCAAAGAUUGAAAGCCUGAAAUUGUGGUUCAGACCCAAGACAUCUCAAAGCUUCACCAGAAUGGUAUGUUGCUAUUACAAUUCAUUGUAGGUAUCUGUAUUUUUAGAAAAUACCAGAAAAUUUAUUUUCUUGAUUGGAUGGAGUAUAGCCUAUUCAAAAAUAUUUUACUCGAAGGUUUGCGGAUCCAUGUUCACACAGUGUUUCACUGGUUUUCAUUCCUUCAUAUUACAGUAGCAGUCAAUUCUUCAACAAAUAUGACUCCCUCAGAGUUGGCAAAAUAUUAAAAGAUCAUUUUUCCAUGUAUCUAUUUAUUUUAUUUUUCAAGAAUAUUAAUUCUUCGUUUUUGAAUCUGAA